AUGAAUACCAUGAAAGCAGUCAAGAACGCGCUGGUGUGCCUGGUGCUGCUGCCCCGCUUCCUCCUGGCCGCGCUCAUGUUCUGGCUCCUCGACUUUCUGUGCAUCCGGAGGAGGUUUUUCCUCCGGAUGAAGGAGCGGGAGGAGAGCGACGCCAUGGAUCCUCCUCUGUGCAUCUCUGACUCCAACCGCUUUUUCACGCUGGACUCCCUGAAGGCGGUGUGGCACGGUCACAAGCUGGACCUCCUCAAGGCGGCGCAACUCGGACGCGGCGCGCCCAACACGGAGGUGGUGCGGCUGGAGGACGAGCGUCGCGGGCGCAUUCUCGACUUCGCUCGCGAGAGGAGACCGCUCAUCCUCAACUUCGGCAGCUGCACUUGACCCCCGUUCAUGGCGCGCCUCAAGGCGUUCCAAGGGCUGGUGCUGGACCACGCCGACAUCGCAGACUCGGUGCUGGUGUACAUCGAGGAAGCCCACCCAUCGGACGGCUGGGUCAGCACCGACGCGCCCUAUCAGAUCCCCAAGCACCGCUGCCUGGAGGACCGGCUCCACGCGGCGCAACUCAUGCGCUCCGAGGCGCCCGGGUGCCCGGUGGUGGUCGACGGUAUGGAGAACCCCUGCAUCGCCGCCUACGGAGCCUACUUCGAUAGACUCUACAUCCUCCAGGACGGCAAAAUCGUCUACCAGGGAGGCAGAGGACCCGAGGGAUACCGGAUCUCGGAGCUCAGAGACUGGCUGCAGCGGUACCGGGAGCGGCUGCUGCAAAGCGGCGGGUUGGUCAUUCACGUGUAG